ACAAGAAAAGUAAAUGGAUUCUCAGACAAUUCAACCGACACUAUGUGAAUGUGUUCAAUCUUCUCAAUCUCUAAGUGGCAACAAAACUCCUCAAGAGAACCGUAUCCGCUGGUCUCAGUCUCCGGAUUCGCACACUCUCUUUGUUGAUCUUCCUGAUUUGAGGAAGGAAGACAUAAAAGUGGAGAUCGAGGAUUCUAUGUACUUAAUCAUACGAACGGAAACUACAGAGAGAUCGCCGGUUAGGAGUUUAAGGAUGAGAUUCCGGUUACCGGAAUCGAUAGAUAUGAUCGGAAUAUCAGCUAGUUAUGAAAACGGUGUGUUGACUGUGAUUGUGCCAAAGAGGGUCUUGCGAAGAAGAAGUUUCUUGAUUGAUCCUUCUGAUGUUCCCGAAAGUCUUCACGUUCUUGCAAGAGCUGCUUAAAACAUGCUUUGUUUUUCCUUUCGAUCUUUGCUUUUCAAAGUCUGGUUUUACUAGUGUAAUCUUUUAUUGCUACUUAACCGUUAUGCGCAGUUUUAUAACGUUUGUCUUAUAUGGUUACAUGUAACAGAAUACAUAUAUUUGUCUAAUCUUAUUAGCCUCGAUGGGUUUCUCUUUCUCUUUGGUUUACUAUUUCAGUACAUCAUGUAUGAAAGUGAUGACACACUCUCAUUUACAUUUAAUGAAGCUUUUCU